AUGGCUUUUGGCGGGGUUGUUCCCUCUAGCUCCAAGUUUCACACCCCACCUUUUCUCAGCCGAGGGGCAGCGAGGCACCACAAGCCAGCGAGGGGCAGCAUUUCGAGGCUUGCCAUUUGCUAUCACCUAUGCACAUUCUGCUUCCUUAAGACGCGGCCAUCUAAGAUAAGACAUUGUGAGAGCUUACUACAACCGUCCAUUCUUCGUACGCUCCGGCCGCAGCAGGAUACGUACCUCGCCUGGCUCUAG